GUAGCGUUAGUAACGCUGAGCUGCAACAUUUUUAUUCAGAAGAGGUUAUUUUUCGGAAUUAAUCGAUUUUUUGCGUGUUUUAAUUCGUUUUUUUAGUUUUCUUUGAUGUAGAUGAGCUUUAGUGUUUUAUAUAGAUAUUUUAAACAUCUGCGUCGCUUGAUAUGAGUUAAAAUAGGCUUUUUUGACAGUUGUAGAAUCAACGUGGUCUGGGUUUCAGUUAAACCACCAAAAUAAUCUAAAUAAGAUAAUUAAUAUAUUUUACUAUUUUUGGAGCAUCUUUUUUUAUUAUUUGAUUUGAGGUUCAUGGUUUUUUUUUUAAUCUAGAACAACAAUAUAAACGCUUGUGUUGGUAUAAUUGGUGCUGGAAAAGUUCCUUGAUAUUUUAUAUAUAAACUAAACAGAAGAAUAAAGAAGAGACUGGAGUCAAAGUUAGAUGUUAAGCAGAGCUACACUGACCAUAAGAGGCUCUUCUACCCACCUCUGCUGACCAUCACAUGGCUUAGUUGCAGAUUCUUCCACUAAUUAACAUGGAGCCUGAUCCUAAACGAAGGAAAGGAAUGGAGUACGACUCCUGGGAUGUCGUCCCGGUUCUCUCAGAUGAACAGUCUCAGGACCUUAAACUACUGGAUGCUUAUGCUGCUCCCAUCAUGGAAAAGAGAGAAACCUCACGCUUGGUCAAAGAGUUGGCCACGUCCUUCCCAUUGCCAGAUCUUCAGCACAUCAAGAGGGUUAGAGCAUGUAAAGACAAGAACACUGCUCAUCCCUUGGAGGUCAUUGUGUGUCUGGCUAGUGAUGUUCCUGAUCAGGAAUGCAAAGGGCCUACUGGGCCUACUCUCUCUGACCUACUGUGCUCUCAAACCUUUGACCCCCGAGGCUUGGGUGAGCCGUUUCUCGUCCAGAUUCCAGCCAGUGCUCCACUGACGAGACCACAGUUUGAGAGAGCCAGCAAGCACUGGCCUACGUCUUUCCAUGAAGACAAACAAAUCACAUCUGCCUUGAAAGGACAGUUGUUCUCGUCCAGUGAGAAAGCUAAAAUGCAAGAACAUAUGAUGGAGGCUAUAGAAGCUGCUAGAUCUGGCCACACGCUGGGGAUGGAUGCUGUAGGUGCUGUGGUUGUCGACCCACAGACAGGCCAAAGGCUUGCUGUAGCUCAUGACUGCAGACGAGGGACACAUCCACUUCAUCACGCUGUAAUGGUGUGCGUCGACCUUGUGGCGGAUAGUCAAGGAGGAGGAGCCUACCAGUAUGAGAAGUAUCCAGCCUGCAGAUACUACGUUCCUGACCCUCAGGUCACCACCAGUCACAUGGACGUAUCUGCGUUAGAGAGCCACAGCACCUCAGACAAGGCCAAGGAAAAUGGACAGUCGUACAUCUGUACCGGAUAUGACCUGUAUGUGACCAGGGAGCCAUGUGUGAUGUGUGCCAUGGCGUUAGUUCAUUCCAGAAUAAACAGAGUCUUCUAUGGAGCAGCUACUGCAGACGGUGCUUUAGGAAGCAGAUAUAAAAUUCACUGUCAAAAGGAUCUGAAUCACCACUUCGAGGUGUAUAAAGGAGUGAUGCCACAGGCCUGUGAGGAACUUCUGGACUCUAAGUAAACAUUGUUUUUUAUGCUUUGUUUUAAUCUGACUUUGGAUCUUAAUUAAAAAUGUUUAAUGACUUUGA